AUGAUGGAAAACUUAUCAAAGCAAGUGGCGGAUUCAGACACUAGAUCCAGACUCGUGGAACGUCGCCUUGCAGACUUAGAAGUAGCAAACCAACAUGAUGAAGCAAGUGUGAAUGGAGACGAGAGGAAUCAUGAUCGACAACGUCAUGAUAGAAGGAAUGAUCGAGACGCAGAGAGACACAAUUUUCCUCGUGGCUAUGAGCAAGACCCUGAUGAAAGGGUGAUGAGAUCAGUGAAAGUUGACGCUCCUAAUUUUGAUGGUGAGCUAAACCCUAAAGCACUACUCGACUGGUUGGCUACCAUGGAUCGCUAUUUUGAGUGGCAUGACAUGUCUGAAGCUCAAAAGCUUCUGGGACUUCUUCAACUUUUAGGCUUCUUUGUCUUUGGCUUAUGUUGCUUUUGGGUUCUUCAACAGCCGCAACACAGGAGGCUUCUUGACUCGUAUCAUUUGAGAGGGCCACCGUACUGCCAAUUGAGGUGCUGGCUUUGCUUUGUCUCAGUUGCUUCAUAUUUUGCCAGCAACAAAAACACUCGCAAGGUCUUCUCUGAGUACCACAAUGUGCCUGUGGACACUCACAAGGUGUUCACAGCACUUGUACAGUGGGGUUCUUGCGGAAGCCCAUCUGUAAUUCACAACAGAGAGGUCCUUGUGAGAGCUCUCUUUGUAAAGGAGGUCCUUGCGAGAGCUCUUUCUAUGCAAUGUUGCAGUGACACCACUAUUUUAUCUCUGGGAAGGAUCUAA